AGAGAAAACAAGAGUUGUUACCUAUGUUGUCGUAUUUCAUAACCAAACCUUCAAUUUUAUUUAGAAAUGUCAAAUAGUGUAGCAACCCAGUUUGAUUGGGCAGUCCAACUGUACGGCUUUGACCUGACGAACUCGAAUAUAUUUUACUUCCUAGCGGUCGAAGAUCACUAUCCACCAGAUUCAAGUCCUUGGACAAUGUCACCUUUCUUUAACAUUACUGAUGGAUACGCUGUCAAUAAUUCGGGCACUACGAACUCCAUCACUCCUUCGAACCCCCUGAGUACCACUACACCACCAUCUUCAACUAUUAGUUCCGAUCCCAUAGAAGAUGAGAAGAAAUCAAACACUGGAGAAGACUCAGGUGGACUCAGCGUCGGAGCGAAGGUUGAUAUUGGAAUUCCGGUCACCAUAAUUGGUCUAGCAGCAUUAUUCUGCACUGUCUACUACCUAAGACAGAAGAAGAGAAAUCAACGGCAAACAGAUGAUGCAGGCGAGGCAGGUUCGGAGCCGGCUGUCCAAGAAGUGCUAGCGACUACUCAUAGUAUAGGACCAUUCGAACUAGCUUUGCGAGAAUGAUUGGCGGACUCUUUUGUGCCAUAUAAUAAAUUCUGGGUUUAAAUGUUUAUAUCGUCUACCACGAUACGUAGGUACUUCGGCGUAUCCAACACCAUUAACAAUGCUGUAACCACUCUUUGAAGAUCUGCAGUUUCUUAUUACGCAA